AUGGCUCAGAAAACUGCAGUUAAUAAGAAAUGUGAUCCGAAACCGUUCAGCUACAAGAAAACGCCUCCGCCUAGUCGUCCUCCUCCUCCUCCUCCGUCUAAUACGGGAGGCCCGAAUAAAAUCAGCGAGAUAGUUUCGUGGAAGUUAUUAAAGAAAAACCCGUCUGGUAUGUUGAUAUGGGCCAUUUUCGGCGGCGCAUGUGUUAUGGACGCAUUUUAUUAUAGACACUUUUUGUUGAAAAAAGAAUAUCAGGUGAAAUCUUAGUAAAACUAUUUAAAUUUAUCGCGGAUUUGUAUUCGAUGUAAUAUAAUAUUUUAUAGGUGGACCACAAGAAACGUAUGUGGAACGAACGUACGGAAAUGCUCGAAAAACCGGUCAAAAUGAAAUUGUAUUACCCGUCGAAAAAAUUAUCAGAGCCGGAAGUGUUUCUACCGUUGCUCGACAUUUACAAAAGAAUGGAUAAAGCUGAAGCCGAACGCCUCAAGAGAAUCGAAGAUUGCAUGCGUGCGGCGAAUAAAUUCGGAAAUAAUAAAAAUGAUGAUUAA